AUUUAUAAAAUCAAAAAACAAUUUAAAAGAGAAUUGUUGGGCAUUCGAAAAUUACGUCAACUAAAAAGACCAAACCAGUUUUCGAAUUCUGUUCUCGAGAUGUAUAGAAAUGAGCAGAAGAGAAGAAAACUUGAUGAGGAAUUUGAACAACUUAUUAUGGAUGAACGAACCCGCUUGCUUCAAUUGCGAAGUCCCUGGAUAAUGGAAGAUAUUUCUGAUCAUAUUCGCGGUUGGUUUGCAGAAUUCUAUGCAGCAACUGGGAAUUUCCACCCAUAUCCUGAUCCUGUUAAGAAUGGAACUGUGUUGGUUGUUAUUGACGAAACAAUGGACGUAGGAGCAUUUCAGGAGAGUCUAACUAAGAAACCUUUGACAAGUGAGGAAAAGAAAAAAAUAAAAGAUAAGAAAAAAGCGGAGAAGAGGAAAAUGAAAGAAAAACUUAAGAACCAAAAAAUGAAGGAUGCGAAGCGAAGAAAAAAAUUAAAAGAUGCCGGAAUAAUUGAUGUUGCCUAUUCAAUAGCAUCAAGCAAGCCAAUAGGUAUAAUUGAAGACACAAUGAAGCAAUUUUCAAUCGAUUGGCGAAAUGUUGAUGAAUAUCUAAAUAAAAAUCAUGGUCCAAUUAAAGCGUGGGUGACUGAACAAGAAUUAGAUGUAAUACAUCACGAACUGCGGGAAUUGGUGGACGAGUAUAUGCGCGUUGAAUAUGAACUGUUAAAAACUGCUUUAGCGGCAGAUCAAGAUGAACCCUAUAAACCUGGGAAGGUAAAAAACAAGAAGAAGAAGAAGGGCAGAAAGAAGAAAAAAGUUAUAGAUCCGACAGGAGACAGAACUCUCAGUUCAUUGUAUCAUGAACUAAAAGAUGCAUCUGUAAUUGAAGAAGUUUCUCAUAGAGAUUUCAAUGAAUUCAUUGCUGACUUUAAUUUUGUUGCUGAUGAUACUAGAGAUGAAGACUAUUUAACAACUGUCGGCCCUGCAAAAGGAGACAUUAAAAUGGUUGUUCAGGAAAGUAUGCUUGGAAUGAGCGAAUUUGAUAUUGCUAAGCCCAAGUCAAUUUUGCUUGUUGGACCAGUCAACAGCGGCAAAAAACUGCUCUGCAAUAUAAUUGCAUCUGAGUUGGAUGCUGUUUUUAUAAAUCUCAGCCCGGAAAAGGUUUGCAAUUUCUCUCAAGAUAUGGACAUGUUUUUACAUAUUGUCAUGAAAGUAGCCCGGGAAUUUCAGCCAACAAUAUUAUAUAUUGAAGAAGCUCAUCGCGUAUUUCAUAAAAAGAUUCCACCUGAGGAAAAAGAUAUAUUGCCAACACUACUGGCUCCGUAUAUCCAGAAGAAAAUCUUAAAGCCAAUUAAAAAGUCAGAUAAAAUAGUACUUCUCGGUACAACAAGUUUACCUUGGAUGGCUAAACCGCUCCUUAAGAGAAAUUUCCAAAAAAUCUUACUUAUUCCGAAAUGCGACUAUGGUACAUGCUUUUUACUUUGGCUAGAUUUAAUGACCGAAAAUGCUCCAGAAGCUUUAGAGAAUUACGCAUAUUCUGCCUUGGCAAAAAUUAUGAAAGCUUAUAACUCUGGCGAUUUAGCAAACAGCGUAGCUAAUACAUUGAGUGUGUCCCGGAAAAUGCGUCUUAAGGCUGAAGCAUUAGAUCCAAUGGAGUUCUUGGAAUAUUUCUUAACGGAAAUGGAUCCUCCACUUUUCCCACCAGAAGAUAAGCUAAUGGACAAAUUCAACAAAUGGUUUGGUGCCUCUAACAAAUUUGAAAAGAUGAGAAACGCUGCCAUGGCUGCCAAAAUGGCUAAACAAAAAAAGAAAUAGUCGAUUA